CGUAACGCAGAGCUUACACAACCGUAGUACAUAUUAACGCGAUGCGCCGGCGCACACCACAGUGACACACCGGCUGCCGACAUGAUCUACAACAUCGCUUCGACUUUUGCUCUGCUGAUGGCAGCUGCGUGCGUGGCUUCGCCGGUGCCGGAGCCUGACCCUCACCACACACGUAUCAAGAUCCACGUCCCCCACGAGAUCCACACCCUCCACCACCACCACGUCGAGACCGUUCCGGUGAUCAAGACAGUUCCCGUCAUCAAGACCGUGCCAGUUUACAAAGAGGUUCACGUGGUCAAACCUGUCCCAGUCAUCAAGACCGUGGGCGUCCCAGUCUAUCAGACCGUGGCCGUUGAGAAGCCUGUCUUCAUACCCUACAAGGAACACGUCUCAGUAUCCCAUUCCUGGCAUUGAUUGAAAACACCUUCUUAGUUAGUACAUAAUAGGGUCACAAAUACCUUGACACGUUCGUAGCAUGUUAGGUUAGCGCAAAUCAACAAAUUUGUUUUGGCGAUAUUUUUUUGGAUCUUGUACAUUAGAAAAAGAUGUCUUACACAUAUUUAUUAUGUACAAAUAAGACUGAAAUUGAACGUGAAGCCAUGUAGAUACAAGUCAGCAAUAUUCUUCUGAUUUUUAAGUUCUGCCUUGUCAUCUUUAGUUUUUGAAACCACAUAGUUUCUAAGAUGUAAAUAAUAUUACGUUAUCUUUAUACUUUUUAACAUUGUUAUUAUCUAUUACUUAUAUGAAGUCCGUCGAAAAGUUAAUUGUUAUUUCGAUGGGAGAUUAUCACCAAAUUUAUUGGUACCUGCUUACGCAUAUUUCUAAAUGUACAUACUAUUGUAGCCACUCUACACUGUCGAAAAUGACACUGAGAGAGAAUCGAGUCGAAAAUUAUAUAAAUUGAAGUCAUACACAAACGAAAAGUACACAAUUGAAACCGAA